AUGAGCCUCUUGCUUGCUCGCGUGCUUGGCGUUGCGCUUCUGGUGACAUGCUCGCAAGGUUUGGACGUUCUUACUGGGACGACUGGGACGACCCAGCACAAGCACAAGCACAAGCACCAUAAGCACCACAAACAGCACAAAGCUUUGGCUCAGGUGAACUCCACUGUCACCGAGACCCCGGCAGCACUGCAAGUUCCGCAAGCGCAGUCUCAAGUGCAGCCACAAGCACUAGUAAGCGCGGCAAACACAGCAAACCCAGUCCCUCAGCAACAGCUCCAACAUCUUACCGGAGCCAGCCAGUCCCUGGCAAUCUUCGACAGUGAGGCGCAGCAGGCUUUGCCAGCCAUUGUGGACGAUGUCCGCAAGGCAGCGGCGCACAAAGCCCCAUUGGAUGAACUGAAAAAGACCCACGCCUCAGAAGUGAAGCUUCUGGAAGAGCAGGAGGCCAUGCUGAAGUCUGACCAGACAGGCCUGGACAAGAGCGCGCUGCAACAGCAGGUGGAUUCCACGAAAGCAAUGCUUCAAAACUUGGAGGGCCAGAUCGCCACCAAGCGCCAGGAUGCUGUGGACAUCUUGGGAAAGGCGCUCUCAGACGCACGCACGGCGCUGGUUCAGGCUUCUACCGAGGAGGCAUCUCAGGAGGCGGCAGCCAGAGAGGCUGAGAAGCAGAUCAAGGCUGCUCAGCAGCAGAAAUUAAAUGCAAGGAAGGUCAUCGAACAGGCCGAGAAGGUGAUGGACGUCUUCGGUGGCAAUUCUUCUGCUGCUGCUCCCCAGGUGCCAGCGCUGGCUCCGACUAAGAUUGCUCAGGUUGCUAGUGAGCCACAAGAGCUGAGCUAG